AUGCUUCGUUCUAUCACUCUCGUAUCAUUUAUUGUAUUAUCACUAACGGAAGAAGUUUUAGCAGAAUGGUGUUAUUAUGGUACUAGUGUCUAUUAUUGUUCUUCUGGCCAGUCAUGUGGCUCAUAUUAUAAUGAUUGUCGUGGCUUACCAACUUAUGCAAUCGUCGGUAUUGUUGGUAUAAGUGUCGCUAUCUUAUCAAUAUGCAUUCGAUGUUGUGUGCAAUUAAAUUCUAACAAUGCGCGGCAAGUACCACCAAGAGCACCAAUAUCAAUACAAAAUCCAGGACAUGUGCGAGUUCAGGUUUUUUCAGCGGGAAAUAAUAGAGCCACACGGACACCAACUACUGCUCCAGUUCAUUGUAUUAGAGAAGAUGCUCCUCCAUCUUAUGCUGCAGCUAUAUCGUCAACUACAGAGCCUCCGAAAUAUUAA